GUCACCACCAGCGUACAGUCAGUUGUCAUCACUACCAUCACCUCCAGGAUUUACGAGCCCAGCAAACCUAAUUCAACGAUUCGCCAAAAAUCUAUCUUCCACCACACCUUUAUUGUCAUCCCAGGGUGCGGAAAAGCCUAAAACCAUCUCACCGAUAUCAAUUCUCCCCAAAACGUAAUAUCACCCGAAACCAAAGAGUUAUAUAUCUACUCCCCCUAAAUUUCCUUCAACAUUUAUAGCAAACUUACUGGAACGUUAACCAAUCAAGAUGGCCAGCAAGUUGGGUGUGUCUGCCUGUCGUUUCUACUCCCGCGCAGCUGUUCCUCCCAGGUUCCGGCAACAGCUGACCAGACAGCCUGCUGCAGUGUCCGGCCGGAGGGAGAGCCAUGGUCUCUAUAACGAGAUGGACCACAGGCCACGCGUUUUGAUUACAGAGAUCGUUUUGGUCGUGACAAUGUCAUCAUGUCUGACAUCAUCCAGGCCCCCAAGGAGGUUCUGCAAGCAGGUCCGUACUUGUACGCUGAUGUGCUAGACCAGAGGUCCCUGAAAGAGAUCUGUGUCAACUACGAGAUCGACUGGCUCGUCCACUUCGGCGCUCUGCUCAGCGCAGUUGGCGAGGCUAACGUGCCCCUCGCCAUGGAAGUCAACAUAGAGGGCCUGCACAACGUGCUAGAGGUCUCAAGACGCUUCAAUCUCAAGCUCUUCGUGCCAAGCACCAUUGGAGCCUUUGGGCCGGACUCCCCGCGUAACCCAACCCCUGACCUGACCAUCCAGAGACCACGGACAAUCUACGGAGUUAGCAAAGUGCACGGGGAGCUCAUGGGAGAGUAUUACCACCACAAGUUUGGCAUGGACUUCCGCUGUCUUCGCUACCCUGGAGUCAUCUCCACAGACCAGCCCGGCGGGGGCACAACAGACUACGCCCUGAAGAUCUUCCACGACGCUCUGACCACUAAGGUCCACCACUGCUACCUGGCGCCGGACACCAGACUGCCCAUGAUGUACAUCGAUGACCUACUUUCGGCCACCGCCGACUUCUUAGAGGCCCCAGAAGAUCAGCUCAAGAUGAGAACCUACAACAUCGGUGCCGUGGACUUCACACCGGAGGAGUUGGCUCAGGAGAUCCGCAAGUUUGUGCCGGACUUUGAGAUCAUCUAUAACCCAGACCACCGGCAGGCCAUUGCUGACUCCUGGCCUCAGAAGUUCGACUUCUCAAACGCCAGCAAUGACUGGGGCUACCGCCCGCUCUACGACAUGCGCGGAAUGUGCGAGGUGAUGAUGGAGGCCCUGAUGCAGGUCUACAAGCCCAAACACAAGGUGGCAGAGCUCAAAGAGUGAGGGCGGAGCUUAGCAAAGCUAGACGGAGCUUGGCAGAGCUGGGCGGAGCUGGGCAGAGCUGGGUGGAGCUUGGCAGAGCUUGGUGACUCAGUUUAGUGACACUUUUCCCUCGUUAGCCCGCUCGUGUCACCAGCAAUGAACCUUCGGCGAAUGUUUCUGGACGUGCCGUGAAUUAUUUAUGAUCACAAUGCUUUUCACUGCGCAGUACCAGACUGGAGUCUUUCGAUUGAAAUAUUGAUUGGUCUAGUGAAAUGUUCAUCAGAUACAGCGUAAACAUGUACGCCAAUCUGUGAUAAGUGAACUGCACAUCCUUGUUGUGAGAACUAAUUAUACGGCGGUUACUUUGGUUUCUUCAUGCUGUUUGAACACAAUAUUAUUUUAUUGUUACGCUACGCUUUUCACUGAAGCACUGAUGUAUUAAAGAUCUGUACAUUUGAUUUUCUCGCUUGGGAAAAAUUGUACAAUAAGUACACCAUGACAUAAGGAAACGCAUUGUGUAUCACAAUGUCUUUGUGUAUUCAUACAGAGUUCACGUAUUGAGUUCGUGAAUCUGUGAUGACUAGUGACGAUGAACAGGUUAUUGAACACUCGGGCUAGGCACUUAACCUGUUUUUAUUUCAUCUUGAAUGUGUUUCAACACAUUUUAUAUUUACAAGGAGUUGGCCGUUGUGGAGCUACACACUGUCUUUGGUAUUGCCAACUGGCAUGUGUAUGAUAUAAAUGUUUUAAUCUGUCUCACACUCAUGUUUUGACCUCUACAUCUCGGUGAAGAGAAAGAGAAAGAGGGAGAGAGAGAGAGAGAGAGAGAGAGAGAGAGAGAGAGAGAGAGAGAGAGA